AUUAUUAUAACAUAACAAGUUCGCGAUAUCCCUGACCCACACCGUAUAUUAAUGGAACAAGUCGAAGUACGAAGACACCAAAAAUGUGAGAGGGAACUUUUAUACAAAAGCAUUGACAGGACUCAGGAGAGUAACUUCUUGAAAUUUUGAGGGUCGGCUUAUCCACCACUGGAAACUGGAGUUCUUAGAAUUUACAGUAUGAGAUUCUGUCCUUUUGCUCAGAGAACAAGACUUGUUCUACAACACAAAAACAUUCCCCAUGAAAAUGUCAAUGUUCACUUAGUGAAGAAACCAGAAUGGUUUUUGGAGAGAAAUCCAUUUGGUUUGGUUCCAACAUUAGAGAUUGAUGAUAAAGUUAUAUAUGAAUCUAACAUCUGUAGUCAAUAUUUAGAUGAUGUUUAUCCUGGUGACAAAUUAACACCAUCUGAUCCUUAUCAAAAAGCACGAGAUCAGAUGCUUAUUGAUACUUUUGGAAAGGCAGUUGGGCAGUUUUAUAAAAUUGCAAGAAAUGGUGAAGACUUUGAGGAAUUCAAAAAAAGCUUAGGAAGAUAUGAAGAAGAGCUUUCAAAAAGAGGAAAAUAUUUUGGAGGAAACAAUAAACCUUGUAUGGUUGACUUUGCACUUUGGCCAUGGUUUGAAAGAUUGGAGUUGCUUGAAGAAAAGGGUUUUAAACUAACAGAAGCUGAGUUCCCUAACCUGUCAGCCUGGGUUAAAACAAUGUAUCAGUUACCAGCUGUCAAAGCCACCAUGUUUGAUAAAGAAAGUCAUAUGCGUUUCUUAACAUCUUACAGAGAAGGGAAUCCAGAUUACGAUUUUGGCUUAUGACUAAAUUCAAAAAUCUGAUUAUUCUUGUGAAUACAACUGAAAUAUAUGUAAUUAAAGAUAUUAAUAAAUGAUAUAUUUCCUCGACGUAUGUAAUCCUAAUUACAUAAAGGUCAAUUUGAAAACAUACCCUAAGAAACUUAUUCUAUUGAUUACAUUUAAAAAGAAAUUGUAAUAAUUAUAUUUAAAGCUGAACUCUGGUUACAAAAAUACCGAAAUAAUUAAAUAAAAAAAAGUUAACGCCCCCCAAGCGCCAUACUUGUUUCUAAUUUAUGAAAUAAUAUGGCGGACAUGGAGGCUUAUGACCUGGAAAGGUUAGCCGAUCUCACUUCCAGUUUGUUUCUUGUCAGCCAGCUGUACACAUCCGGUUUUAUUCUCUACACACGCUUCACCGAUUGCUCUAUUUUUUCCCAACAGUAUACCAAAUUAUUGAAGAUUGCAAAAUGUCUGAUCAGGUAAACCUGUAAAUAACUAUAUGAACUGCGUCUACUACAAUAUAGCCUAAGCUUUACUCUAAAACAAAAGAUGCAAAAAGAUGGCUUACCCCAACCUGAAAUUUUCAACCAAAACAAAAUCACCUACACACACUAUUGUCUUCUUCGUAUUAUUAUUAUUAUUGCCACGUCUUCUUGUGAAUAUCUUACACGUAUAUGUAAAUCACCAAAAAAGUUAUCGCAGCAUAAUGUCCAGUGUAAUUAUAAAUAAUACUAUGCAAUAAACAGAUAGUUUAGAUUAGAUUUUCACAGGUCGCCAUGUUCGAUGUUGUAUUAUUGUUCACGAAAACACUCCCCAGUGAGAUCAAGGGAUAUAACUAACACAUGAGCAAAGAAAAGCAGUGACAGACAAACCUUGUGCUUUUAUACCACCCAACCCCACUUAGGGAUGCAGAGUGAAUAUUUCUGGUGUAUCUGGUUAACCCCGCAUCCGAAAUUGGUGAUUUUUCUUUGUAAUGUAUAGUAUUAUAAUACAGCUAAAAUUUACAUGUAUUUAAUAUUACAUUAUAAGAUGUACAUGUACUUAUUAUUACAUAUAUCAGAUGUACAUGUACUUAUUAUUACAUUAUAAGAUGUGCAUGUACCGUAUUUACUAUUAAAUUAUUAGAUAUACAUGUACAUGUACUUAUUAUUAAAUUCAAAGAUUUGCAUGUACUUAUUAUUGUUCUAUUAAGAUGCAAUACGCAAAUAGAAUAGCUUUCUUUGUGUUGCAGUAAAAUACAGAUUAUCGUAAAUAUUAUGUUCUAUUGACUUUACUCAUUUUAUAUUUGUUCUUGUAUCAUAAAAUCAUAAUGUAAACAAAAUAAAAACCUAUUUUAUUCCCUUGAA